AUGGUUCUCGACUACAGCAAGUGGGACCAGCUCGAACUGUCCGAUGAUUCUGAUAUCGAAGUUCAUCCGAAUGUUGACAAGCGCUCUUUCAUCCGUGCUAAACAGGCUCAAAUCCACCAGCAACGAGAGCAGCGCCGCCACGAUAUCAAGACCCUGAAGUAUGAGCGCAUUAUCAACGAUGGUCUGCUUACGCGCAUCGACAAGCUCCUCGAGUCUCUGAAGAAGCAUGAGGACUCUUCUGCCUCUCCCGAUGAGUUUAUCUUCCAGACCAUCAUGGAGUUUGCCAGCGACCCCGCGGAGGACCAGGCCCCUACACCUCCGGAGGGCAUCUACCAGAACGAGCCCGAACAACCGAAGUACUCACAAAUGAUGAGUUCUCUGGUGGAUCAGGUCAAGAAGGAGUUCGAAGACUCGAAGCCCGACAACUUGUUCAAGGCAUACAUCCAAGGUGUGCAGGGACACAAGGACAAGGUGCAAGGGCUGCAAACACAAUUGUUUGAGAGGCUCGCCCAGCUCGAGAAGGAAGAGGGCAGCAAGAUUACCAGUGAUAAGCUGCACGAAGGCUUUAACCAAUCUCAUGUUGCCAAGGCCGCUGAGAAGGCAAAGGCUGCGUCGGCCAAAAACACAGAGGUUGAACUGCUGAACCCUGGUGCGGGCAGCUCCGCCCACAAUGCUGAGAAUGACGACGAAGGCGACGACGAUGACCCCGCGAACGUCGAAAUUAGCCCUCUGGCAAAGAAGUUCGCAAACCUCAAGCCCAAUGACUACAGCGCCUAUCUGCAAUUUAUCUCUGAGAACCCACAGAUCGUCGCCGAAAAGGAAACAGACGGUCUCUUGGUCGAGGCCUUCAACAGCCAGAUGAAAGGCAAGGAAGACUAUGCUCGCCACUGCGUUCACCAGGGCCUGCUCUUGCAAUACUGCCGCUCUCUUGGCCCUGAUGGCAUCAAGCUCUUCUUCACCCGUAUCACAACUAAGGAUCACCGCGCUUUCACGCUGUUCAACAACGAUGUGAGGGACACCUACAACCGAAUCAAGACCCGUUCCGCCGAGCUCAGCAAAGAGACCGGCAACGACCCCGCAGGCGUCGAGCAAAUCCAGCUGCACGCAGUUGACCCCAACACGAAAAUCACCAUCAACAUCCCCGCAGCAGGAAGCCAAGACCCCAUCGAAAUUCAGGCUCGCAAGGUUUUCGAGAGCUUCUCCCCGGACCUGCAGAAGGCACUUGCUACCGAGUCCCUGGACGAGGUGAACAAGGUGCUAGGCAACAUGUCCGUUGAGGAAGCAGAGGUUGUCGUCGAGCAGCUUGGAGAGGGAGGCAUGCUCAGUCUUGAGGAGGGUAUUAUUGAUGGGACCACGGAAGAGGGCCGCAAGAAGCUUGCUGAGAUCGAGGCAGAAGGCAAGCUUGAGGAGAUCCAGGAAGUUGGAGAGCCUGGUGGCGAUGUGACUGAGUUGGACUGA